AUGCAUCAACCAGACACGACCACCACCUCACCAUACCCACUGCCAACUAUGCAUCAACCAGACACUACUACCCCCUCACUGUACUCACUGCCAACUAUGCAUCAACCAGACACUGCUACCCCCUCACUGAACUCACUGCCAACUAUGCAUCAACCAGACACUACUACCCCUCACUGUACUGCUGCCAACUAUGCAUCAACCAGACACUGCUACCCCCUCACUGUACUCACUGCCAACUAUGCAUCAACCAGACACUGCUACCCCUUCACUGUACCCACUGCCAACUAUGCAUCAACCAGACACUGCUACCCCCUGUACCCUGCCAACUGGCAUCACAGACACUGCUACCCCUCACUGUACUCACUGCCAACUAUGCAUCAACCAGACAUUGCUACCCCUCAUGCUUUCACUGCCAACUAUCCCAACCAGACACUACUACCCCUCACUGUACUCACUGCCAACUAUGCAUCAACCAGACACUGCUACCCCCUCACUGUACCCACUGCCAACUAUGCAUCAACCAGACACUGCUACCCCCUCACUGUACUCACUGCCAACUAUGCAUCAACCAGACACUACUACCCCCUCACUGUACCCACUGCCAACUAUGCAUCAACCAGACACUGCUACCCCCUCACUGUACCCGCUGCCAACUAUGCAUCAACCAGACACUGCUACCCCCUCACUGUACCCACUGCCAACUAUGCAUCAACCAGACACGACCACCACCUCACUGUACCCACUGCCAACUAUGCAUCAACCAGACACUGCUACCCCCUCACUGUACCCGCUGCCAACUAUGCAUCAACCAGACACUGCUACCCCCUCACUGUACCCACUGCCAACUAUGCAUCAACCAGACACUGCUACCCCCUCACUGUACUCACUGCCAACUAUGCAUCAACCAGACACGACCACCACCUCACCAUACCCACUGCCAACUAUGCAUCAACCAGACACUGCUACCUCCUCACUGUACUCACUGCCAACUAUGCAACCAGACACUGCUACCCCCUCACUGUACCCACUGCCAACUAUGCAACCAGACACUGCUACCCCCUCACUGUACCCGCUGCCAACUAUUCAACCAGACACUGCUACCCCCUCACUGUACUCACUGCCAACUAUGCAUCAACCAGACACUGCUACCCCCUCACUGUACUCACUGCCAACUAUGCAUCAACCAGACACUACUACCCCCUCACUGUACUCACUGCCAACUAUGCAUCAACCAGACACUACUACCCCCUCACUGUACCCGCUGCCAACUAUGCAUCAACCAGACACUACUACCCCCUCACUGUACUCACUGCCAACAAUGCACUAACAAGUGGGUACAGUGAGGGGGUAGCAGUGUGUGGUUGA